AGCGCCGUCAGUCUGGGAAAUUGGAACAGGGCAGUGGCGGCAGGUGUGUUGGUUGGGUUGUGCGUGAGAGCGAUCGUUUGCCGGAACAACUCAUUUUUGCUUGACAUUUGGAAAACAGUCAGAGGAACAACAUCUGAACAGUGCUAUAUUUGCGUGUACGAAUCCACUUGUUGAGGCAAACGAAGAGAACAUGGAGCGAUCACCAUUCAGCAGAGGGCAAUGGGCUUCUCAGUCACUGCGGGUUACUGCCAAAGAGUUGUCCAUAGUUAAUAAGAGGGGAUCACCUGCACUCAGGGAGCGUUUUUCUAAGUAUCAGAAGGCAGCAGAGGAAGCAAGCAGUGACCGAAAAAAAGGGAACACUGAAAAUCUUGCCCCUAACCUGAGGAAGGGAACCCUGAGCAUCUUGAAGAAGAAGUGGGAGGUUCCAGAAUCUUCUGCAGCACAACCUUUGCCUCAAAAAUCGCCUGUCAGAGUUAACCGACCUCAGGUCACUGCUGUCAGCCCAAAACCAGACGCUAGCUUGGGGCUUCUAAGUGAGUCAGAUCAGAAUUCCAAGAGCCCCACUACCACAAGGAUCAAGUCUCCCAGGAGCCCAGGAGCCUCGAGCAGAUUUUCUUACCCUGGUGCAGAGAGCGAAGGGCAGGCUAAGAUAAAGUCACAGUCUGAGAGCUGGAAGAUGGAGAGAGCUCUUUCAAAAGAGGGGAUUGAAGUGGAGAAUGGAACGACACAAGAUCUGGCCAUCUUCCCUAAAAUUGAAAAGUUUAACGUCCCACUGAACAGUUUGAAGAUGAUGUUUGAGAAGGGGGAUGUGAAUGCUCAGUCCAAGAGCAGACAGCAUGAACUCCCAGUCAAGCAGGCUGCCCGAGAUCGGCACCUCAAGUCUGACGUUUCCAAGAAGUGGUUAGACAAGACUGCAGAAGGCAGCUGUCUGAUUGAAGGCGUGGUGGAGAACAAAGCAAGGGACGGGAGCACAAGUGGCUUUAAAUCAGAUGACUUUGACCAUACCUCACCUGGAACGAGCCCUGAUAAAACUGAAUCUAAGGUUGGUACGGAGUUGGCAGACAUGCAGGAGCAGACGUCAGUGAAAGACAGAAUGGCAUUGUACCAAGCUGCUGCAUCACAGAAGGAGACCAGCCUCCAAUCUCCUACAACUUUGGAAGAGCAUGUGGCACCUGGAGAAGUCGUUGACACCAAGGAGCUGUGGGACACCAGAGAAUCAUCCAAUCCAAAGAGACUGUCACAGUCUGACAUAUGCACCAGUGACCUUGAAAUACAUGCAAGCAAUGGCAAUGAACAAAAAGAGAAUGUGCCACCAGAACCUUUGACCAGUACCUCCCCCCAUGCGGAGCUGCAGAAGGGGUCUGUGAUUGAGAACACUCCCAGUUCUUGGAAAAGUUCUAUUUCCGAAAGACAGGUAGAUGCCCAAGAAAAUGAAGGGAUGUCAAAGCUUUCAGCUGACGGUGUAAAGCAACAAAGACCAACCAUGGAAAUACAAAACAUUCCAGCCAAACCUGUUAAGAAGUUCCAACUCCCAGCCAGGGAGCUGUGUGUCACCUGCCAAAAGACGGUCUAUCCCAUGGAGCGCCUGGUCGCGAACCAACAGGUCUUUCACAACGCCUGCUUCCGUUGUAGCCACUGUAACAUGAAACUUAGCCUUGGGAAUUUUGCCUCCCUCCAUGGGAACAUCUACUGCAAGCCACACUUCAGUCAGCUCUUCAAGUCCAAAGGUAAUUACGAUGAGGGAUUUGGCCACAAGCCCCACAAAGAGCUGUGGAUGACCAAGAACGAGAGUGACCCCAUGGAGAGCAAGAGUGAAGACUCCUCGGAGGCCAAGGCUGAUGGCUCUGGAGUGGAUGAGCUUUCUAUAGCCAAGGUAGGGGUUCUGGCUGCCAGCAUGGAGGCUCUGGUUUCCAGUCCGUCACCUGAAAAGGCGGAGAAACCCGUGGAAACGAGGAAGUUAAAAAUAGCUUGGCCACCGCCCACUGAAGCAGGAAGUAAAGGAACCAGCUCCACUGAAGAGGGUAUCAGAGUUAACAAACCAAAGUGGCCUCCAGAGGAUGACCAGCAGCCCAUCAAGAGAAACUCUGAUUUUGUUGGCAGCUCCAGACUGAGGAGAAGUGCCUCCCUGAAGGAACGGUGGAGACCGUUUAGUGUGGCUGAGCCCCUGAAACCUGUGGCUGUUAAUGAGCCAGUGAAGAAUGUGCAGCCUGCCAAGAGCACAGCGCAGGACGCAGUCGUUGGCAAAGAAAAGGAAGGUGAGGGGGAGACUGAACCAAAGAAUGAGAGGAAGAAAAGCCUGAAAGAUGAAGUGGAGCUACCAGUACCUGCCAAGCUUGAGGGUGAGAGCGAUUCAGUGGCCGGAGAGGUGGUAGAGGUCCAGAGCGAAGACUGCCAUCUGCCUAUAGAGAAAGUUCAGCUCAAAGAGGCAGCCGGGGAAAAUGACCUUGCAGAGGAUGGGGAGCAGGAAUCCAGGCACGAAUCAGGCUCGCUGCAAACCCCAGGGGACUCUCUUGCCUCCAAUGAGCAAAUUCCAGAGAAUGAGAAAAAACUGGAGGACGUUGGUUUUUGGGAGGAGGAUGAAAACGAAGUGGAAGGAACCAAGGAACUGUCAGUUGAAGAACAAAUCAAGAGAAAUAGAUAUUAUGAAGAUGAGGAUUAGAUGCUGUGGAUAUGGUGAUUUACAUGUUUUAAUUGGUGACUGGCCUUGUGGGUUCUAGAUGUAUCAGCUCAGACCUUCCUGCUGUAAAGUGGUUUAUUCAAGUGCCUAUGUUGAUAGGGACAUUACUUUGGGGGAAAAAAAAUCUUCGUAAGUUGAUUUCUAUUUGGAAUAAGAGGCAAGAACUGCUACAUUGGCAUAGUUUUAUUAAUGUCCACUCUGAAAAUGACUUUGUGCUUGAGCACACUAUGAAUCCUAUUUCCUCUCCACUGGUUAUUGUUGCCAGCCCCAAAAGGUACAUGUUGUAAAGGUCCAAGGAAAAGAAUGGGUCACAGUUUAAAUUGCAGUGAGAUUCCAGUGUGCAGGCCUGGGCUCUGGGGCAGCACCACUCACUAGGCAGGAGCUAAUCGAGUUUCAAAACACUAAAUAAAUAAUUUUCUGGCAAAGUGGGAAGCUGCAAUUCCUUUUCCACAUUAUAUUUGGUCCACUCUUUUAGCACUCCUUCCAAAUGGUCUCCCAGCAUCUGUUGUAGGAAGGAUGUAUUGGGCUUAUCAAGAAAUAAGGUAACCAUUCAAGAACUGAAGACACCUUGACUAUAAAUGAUAAAGGAGCAAAAACUAACCAAGGUUGAAGCUAGCUGUCUCUUGUUGCCCAGCCCCUGCUGAUAGAACUACCUUGAAGUGAGAGGGUAUCAGAGGCACUCUUUUUUUGGACAUCCUGCUUGAUGGAGUGCAUUUGGCUACAGAGAUCCAUCACUCAAAAUUGAGUGACAGAAGGGCUGGACUCCAAACAUUGUGUGACCAGGCAGCCUUUCCAAUGUUGGUGUUUCAAACCUGGGUAACCACGACAUUUUAAGGGUUUCGCCUCGUGUCAAAGUUGUACACAAGAUUCCAGUGAUAUGAAAAUGGAGGCAUAGGAAUAACACCACUUGAGCAGCAGUGUUGUGGGUUGCAAACCUGACAUUAGUCUUCAGUCAAUCUGCCUUUGUUCCCCCAUCUCUAUCAUUUCAUACCUUGGUUUUUACAUAUGGACAGCAUGUGUGUGAGGACAGGAUGCUGCUGAAAAUAUUAAGUGAUUUUGAUUUUAGAUGGGAAGUGAAGAAUUUGAUGAUGUGUGAUUAUAGUUUGCAGUUUUAAUGUUCUGACAUUCUGGUAUACACUAACGCUGCACAAUGUUUAACUGUACUUUCUGGGUAUGUUAGAUGUACCACCACAGCCUCCUGGCACUUGAUUAGUUUAAGGUGAUUUUUUUCUAGUGGCAGGUAAAGUCAGUCUUUUUAUUACAUUGUACUUGAUGUUUCUCAUUUUACUGCAGGUAAACAGUUACUAUCGAUUAUUGCAUUCUUAAUUCCAAUUAAAAUGUAUAGGUUGCUGGUGCUUCUCCCCCCCCCCAUGGUAGGGAUGUUGGUGGUAAGAGUGGGGAAUACUUUCUUCUGAGUGUCCAUGUUGAGACAACCAGAUGGUAAGUUGAUCUCCACUGACUCCACCAUGUUAACCCCAGAUGUCACCACUUACUAAGUUUCUCCAAAUCUUGAUACCAGCUAUCCUCAAGGCUGUCUUUGGGUUUGGUGUUAAAUUGGAACUUGUUGUGUGUUGUGACUCCAGACCUCCAUCUCUGGUAACUGAGUCCAGCCAAACUUGUUCUCUGGGAGACUUCAGAUGAGGGAUGACUUUUGUUCCAUUCAUUCAUGCCGGAACGCCCCCCACGCUAUCCCAAAAUCCUGAGGCAGCUAGCCUUGUUUUUGUCCAUUCAAACUGGAAGUAACUUAAGAAAUAUUCAAAUUGAACUUUGGAGUAAAAGGACUGACAACCAAUACUAUUGACUUUCUUUUAAAAUUGUUUUACAGUUGUGUAUUGUCUGUGUCAUGAUUUCUUUGUUUAGCAUGUAAUAAAUAAUAAACUCUUUAGUAUAAAGUU